AUGGCACCAGCUCCCAUCGUUCCUGAGAUCGUCGAUUUUGCCGAGCCUCGGAAGGACACACUCGGCUUGCCCGAGUCUACAGCUGCCCGGCUCAAGAAGGCGAACGUCGACCUGAGCAACGGCUACCCAUACCGCCCUUCACGGCCUCUUUAUCUCGACGAUGUGUACAAGAUCAGGAGUAAGGAAUGGACUCACAAUGACCCUGGCGCGAGAGCCGACAAGGAAAAGAAGUCCCUCUUCUCCGCAGCUACCAAGGUCACCGACCUGACUGCAUACAUCGGAACUGAGAUUGAAGGCCUUCAGCUGAAGGAUCUCACAGACCAGCAAAAGGACGAGCUCGCACUGUUAAUCGCUGAGAGGAGUGUUGUCUUCUUCAGGGACCAAGACCUGUCUCCCCAACAGCAAUUGUCUCUGGGUGAAUGGUUCGGCGAAGUCGAGGUCCAUCCUCAAGUUCCCCAAGUGCCUGGCCUGCCCGGCGUUUCCAUCAUCUGGCCCGAUCUGAUGGCCACAGAGAGGGCGGCCAACUUCAGGAAUCCAGGAGGCGCAUCCCGCUGGCACACAGACCUGGUCCACGAGCUCCAGCCAGCCGGCUACACUCACCUGCACAUAGACUCCGCCCCUCCUGUCGGCGGUGACACCCUCUGGGCAAGCGGCUACUCGGCCUACGAGAAACUCAGCCCUGACUUCCGCAAGAUCAUCGACGGCAAGCAGGCAGUCUACGUCUCGGCGCAUCCAUACCUUGACCGAGAACACCCCGAGGAAGGGCCCAAGUACAUUGAGCGGAUCCACCCCCUGGUCAGGGUUCACCCGGCCACGGGCUGGAAGUCCCUGUUCGUCAACAGGGCGAUGACGCGCCGCAUUGUCGGCCUCGACAAGGCCGAGAGCGAUGUCAUCCUCAACUAUCUGUUUGAUGUGUACGAGAAGAACGUCGAUAUCCAGGUGCGCUUCAAGUGGACCCCGAACACAAGCGCGAUCUGGGACAACAGAAUCACGAUUCACAACGCAAGCUGGGACUACGCAGGCAAGCACCCCAGACAUGGAACCCGUGUGACCGCUCUGGCCGAGAAGCCAUACUUUGACCCCAGCGCUCCGACCCGGCGGGAGGCCUUGGGACAGCUAGGCUCGGAUGAGCUUCAAGUUGAUGGGCCUGCAUAG